CUCAGAACUCUCAUGGACAGUUACAUUACCCGGAAGGAGGGGAGAGUGUAUCAGUACAAGUUAAACUAUUUGAACAUUUCGUUUCAUUUAUUAGAAGUUAUUUGAUAUUUGCUACAAUAAUAUAGAGGUAAGGCACGAGAACAGCACAGUUAGUUGGUAUUCACAACAUUGGACUACAUUUUAUUUUUAAAUGGUCGCACCCAUUUCUGGCUUGCCAUUGUUGCUUCUCUACAUACAAAGCUUUGCACGAUUUCGUCAAGGCUGUGACACGGUGUCUCCCAAGAAACCACCACUUGUCUGCACAGUAAGACUUAAAUUAAAUGCCACGCAAGUGGUUCGUCGUCUACAGUAGAAAAUUAAUAAAUAAAAGUUCCUAAUAAAACUUAACCUUGCCGGGCUAACUUAGCAAACUAACCGUUCGGCGGUGCAUUGGUUAAAUGGGCUCGUCUUUUAAUCAUCCGAGUUUCUUCGGUAUUUUUAAAUUCCUUUGUCGCGUGACAAACAAGCAACCGUGCUCUUGACAUUUCACCUACAUGUUAGUGUGAGGGCAUUGGGUGUUAAAUGUAGUGGUUCAUCCUGUUACCUUCAGAAAGAGGAGAUAGGAGCAUGUAGUCAGACCGUAUGGGGAGCUAUUUGAAAAUGAUAUUGCUCUUUAUUGUAUACAAACAACAAACUGUGUUUCAUAUGAAGAGUGAACUGAAGGCUACUUGCUCUUUCAAUGUGCCAUCCGGUCGAAAGGUAAAUAUUAUGCUUACAUAGACUUAUUUAUUCAGUUUCCUGUCUUUAAGGGACCAUUAUAUGCCCUUAUCUCUUCUGGGUUGUGCACAGAUAGAAUGUUUUUUUUUUUUUGCACCGGUUUUAAAUAUAGUUCAACUGCUUUUUAACACUAAACACUCCAAGAUAUCCUCCUCAAAGUGUGCCCUGUGUGUCAAGAAACUGGAAUGGUUCCCACAUGCUGUGGGCCAUUUGAGCUCUGCAAUUGACAGUUGAAGUGGGUCGGAAUCAGCCCGAGUCCCAGAAAUGGCCAGCUCACAGGUGCGCUUGAAAAUUCUCCCCAGCCUUCGAUCUCUCUUUGAUACAUCUGUGCAACUAAAAGUAGGAGGACUUGUUCCCCACCAACGAGUGAAGCUGAGGUCCAAGUUGUCAGAUGACAGAGGGGUCGUUUUCAAAGCUUCUGCCUCGUACAAAGCGGAUGAAACCGGCCGGGUUGACGCCUGUAAGGCACCGUCCCUUGGAGGAAGUUACAAAGGCGUGGAGCCCAUGGGUUUGUUUUGGGCCAUGGCACCAGACACUCCUCACAGUAAACUCCUGAAGAAGAACGUGCUCACCCCAACCGUAGUGGAACUGGAGGCCCUGAGCGAGGAGACCGGUGAGGUCUUGGCAUCUGAAACCGUCGAGAGAGGGUACCUGACCGAAGGGAUGAAAAGAAUACCUCUGCAAGGGGGGAAACUACGAGGAGUCCUCUUCAUCCCAACAGGAGAAGGCCCUUUUCCAGGGAUUUUGGAUUUGUAUACUUUAGGUGGAGGCCUUAGUGAACCUAGAGCCAGCCUCUUGGCAAGUAAAGGUUUUGUGGUUCUUGCGUUGGCAUAUUAUCGUUACCAGGAUUUACCAAAAAGCCCUCAGAACCUGGAUUUGGAGUACUUUGAGGAGGCUUUAACAUAUCUGAGGAAAAGACCAGAGGUGAAAGGUCCUGGGAUUGGAAUCAUAUCUAUCUCUCACAGUGGGGCUCUGGCUUUAGCAAUGUCCUCUUUUCUUCCUGGGAUCACAGCCACCAUCUGUAUUAAUGGCUGCAAUGCAAAUACUUUGAUUCCUCUCCACUACAAAGACAUCGUCAUACCUCCGCUUCCACCCGUCAUACAGAAUGUUAGAAUCACGAAGUCUGGGCUAAUAGACGUACGUGAUGCCUUACCAGACCCCACCCUGGGAGAGAACAGGGCGUCUUUGAUUCCCAUUGAACGUUCCACCUGCCAGUUCCUGUUUGCCGCGUCUGAAGAUGACCACAACUGGAACAGCGCUUUUUUUGCCGAGCAAGCCGCCGCAACUCUGAGAAGUCAUGGCAAAGACUCCUUCCAGCUCCUUCUCUAUCCAAAAGCCGGACACUUUCUGGAAGUGCCUUUCGUGCCCAAUUGCCAGUCUGGGUUCCAUGCUGCUGUGGGGAGGGAAGUGGUGUUUGGUGGAGAGCCAAAAGCCCACUUUGAGGCUCAGCUGGACCUGUGGGAACGGGUCCAGCAGUUCUUCAGGAGCCACUUGUGACACAAGGACCCUUGUUAGCAGGCAGCGCUGUGUAAAGUCUGCCCAGCAUCCCUGAGUGCUUGUUAGUCCUGUGAUUAACAUUUUCUGUGAGUGCUUACAAACAUGAAUGAUAGAGAAAAACUAAAAAGUUUGUUUGUUCGUAGAGUUUUGUAGGCUUUAAAUACAAUCAGCGCUCCCACAGGGGUCACACUGCACAGCCAGUUCCUUUAUUUUCCUAAUAUUCUGACUUAUGAUGAGCAGAGCAAAGCAGGAAAUAGUUUGUCAUCGUAUUGGUUAUCAAUACGCAAUUCCUUUGUCAGUGCAGAGAUUCUUUCACAUGACACAGUUCUCUUGAUGAUUGACCUUCUAUGUGAAGCAGCUGGAUUCGCAUGGGAUGACAAGAGAAAAAACAUAGCUCAACAAAUAUGUUUGUGGGUGUUUUCUACUAUUUUUAGAUGCCUAUCUAUUUUCUGACAGUCCGGUCUGAGAGUUUUGUGGGCGGUUUGAUUACUUACUAUUUCUGUCAAGUUAACGACAGCUGGAAAUGGCCGACACAUUGAGCAAAUGUGUCUCCCUCCAUGUGGACUCUGUCUUUUCAUUGUAUGACAAGGACUCACACGAUGUCUCAUGCGAUCACAAUGGAUAAAGAAAACUCUGGUUCCUUGAUGUCAACCUAGCUUUUACUUAUUUGACAAACGGUUGCUUCACAUAGACUC